AUUGGUCUAUUUCUAUUCUAUUGUGUUGAACAAGUGUUUUUACAAAAAAUUGUGACAUUAUUUAUAAAUAAAGUUUAAGUGCUUAUUUAUAAUCAAUAGAAUUGUUAUAACUUAUAAAACGAGAUGUCCUAACCGUAAUUAAACCCACCAAAAGCAUUUAAAUAAUAUACAUGUGAUGUGAACAACUGUAAUUAAGACAAGAUGGCUGACUAUCACAUCCGCGAGGCAGCGGAGUCGCUGCUUGGCAGCGUAUCCCAAAGACAGUACAGAAGUUUGGCUCAAUCGCAGUCAGUGAAUCUCUUGUCCGAGGACUUGAUUGCUGGUCACAGGCCUCAAGGCAGGAUGUCCAGUAUACGAAGAUUUUUCUGUCUCUUUGUCACGUUCGACCUACUUUUUACCAGUCUGAUGUGGCUUAUAUGUGUUGUGAUGCGGGGCGAAACAUUAAUCCAGAUAUUUACGAGAGAGAUUAUACAUUACGAUAUCAAAGUGUCAUUAUUCGACAUAGUACUUGUUGCAAUACUAAGAUUUUUAUUAUUAAUAUUAUUCUACGCCAUAUUAUAUAUUAAUAAUUGGAGUGUGAUAGCGCUCACAACUAGCGGUACGUGUGCCUUUUUGAUCGCCAAAGUGUUCGUGUUUGAUUGGCCCAAUGCGGCCCAACCAGUGUACCAGGUAUUCCUAAUCCUGGCUUCGUUCACGUUGUCCUGGGGCGAGGCCUGGUUCCUGGACUUUAGGGUGUUGCCACAGGAGUUGCAGGCGAAGCAGAUCCUCGAAGCCAUUGUAACUCAUGGAGCGACAGAACGGACCCCGCUUCUACCUGGUGGGUCCACCCAUGGCGGCUCCACGGUGAACUGGUUCUCGCCCGUGGAGACACCGGAGUCCAGCCCGAGACCCAGGGCGCCUGGGGAACAGGUUAUCUUGACACAAGAUCAGAUAGACGAAUAUAAACGCCUCGCGGAGGAGAGUAUGCAGGACGCGUGGAGGGUCGUUCACGCGCCAUCUUGGAAAUUGGAGAAAAGGGGGGCGCAGAAGGGUGAUAUUGUGGAGUCGACUCAGACUGAAAAGUUCGGAAAGGUGUAUCUAUUUACGGGUAUCGUGGACUGUCCAGCCAAGUUCCUGUACAGCGAGUUCAGAGAUAACUUAACCAGGCUGCCGGACUGGAACCCGACUAUAUUAAAAAGUGAAUUGAUAAAAGAAGUAGGUCCCGGCGUGGAUCUGUCGUACCAAGUGACAGCUGGUGGGGGCCGCGGGAUUAUCGCCCCACGGGACUUCGUCAUCCUCCGCCGGACCGCACAACUAUCUAGUGACGGCAAAGUGACAGACGACACGCCAUCUAGCUUCAUUUGCAGCGGUGUCAGUGUCACUGUGCCCGGCUACCCACCGCAUCGGGAUAUGGUCAGGGGACACAAUAAAGUUGGCUGUUGGUUUCUGACCCCCAAGUUGGUUCAAACGCCUAAUGGGAAAGUGGAACAGACGGUCUUCCAGUGGCUAAUGUGCUGUGAUCUUAAAGGUAAAAUACCUCAAUUUGUGCUGGACGCGGCUUUCGCUACUGUCAUGUUGGACUACAUCGUCCAUGUGAGAGCAUUUGCGGCUAGUUGCAAAGCGAAAGGCAUGUUUUGAUGUUCUAACUUUAAGGAUUUAUACGAAUUUAGAUAUUUGAAGCUCCAAUCAUUAAACACGUUCAACUAAUGAUUUUAAAUCAUUAUUCGGCACACAUUAUUAAAUUAUAUGAAUGAAGAUUUGUUAUUCCAUUUUUGAAAUUUAAUUCUACGUUUAACAAAAAAGUUUUUAUGUAACUAUUUUUUUUAUUCAAUUGUUAAUUAUCAGUCUUAAUGAUAUAUUAAUGAAUGGCGAUUUUUGUGGAGCAAUUUUAAAUCAUUAUUCGUUCCUAUAAUUCAUAUAAUACUUAAUCGAUUUUACGGUAUUUUGAUUUGUCUUUAAAACUGUAUUCCUUCAAUGAACGAAAAGAUUUUUAAUUUAAGAAAACAUCACAUUUCCUUCUAAAAUUAAUGAAUGUUCAUUUUUUUUAAAUAAUUGUAUUAACUCUUUGUUGAAUUAACGAUUUUACUUAUAACAAAUCUUCAAUUUACGUGAAAUAAAAAUCUUGUUUACUUUUGAAUCUAAUUAGUAAGGACGAAUUGUUGUUGUAAUAUAUAUUUUUAUAACAAAAUAUUUUAUUUUAAAUAAAUAAAUCAUUAGUUAACGACUGAUUUAAUUAAGAUACCUUUUGACAGGUUUAUCAGUUUGUAUGUAUUUAGGCUUCCAAGUGACGUGUAUGUUUGUCCACAAAUUUCUCGGUAAAUAUUAAUAUUUUAUUCGUUCAUUAGUUUAAUCAUUAAUUUGAAAUUAUAUUCGUGCAUUUUUAGUUAUUAUAACUGAAUUUAAAAUGUGGACUCCCGCGCCUAACCCUGCUAGAAAUAUGUAAGUUAAGCUUUAAUAAAGGAAAUUUUAUACCGA